GCGACCACGUUGGAGGUGGAGCCUGAGACCGCUCGUCUGGUUCCGCUGCUCUGCGGUCGCGUUUCGCCCGUGAGAACGUCUGAUGUGAGAAGAAAUGAGAAAGCAAACACCCCGAUGAGGAAGUGGAAUGAUAACAUAACGGCGCCUAGACCAAAGCCUUUGCCUGUUUCUUCGCUCUCUGGACUGCAAUGCCGCCGCAGCGAGUCUUCACCCUGCCGAGGCAACAAUCCCUGCUGCUGCCUGCGGUUAUCAACCCGUUCGUGCAAGACACCAAACUCUCCAAAGCAGCUAUAAUCAAAUGUGUCCUCCUGGGGAUCUUCCUGGUCCCUAUUCGCGCUGUCCUUAUAUCCCUGGUUCUUAUGGUGACAUGGCCAGUGGCAGUCAUAAUAACCUUCAACCAUCCUGUGAAAGGAGCCGAACCAAUGACAGGGUGGAGACGGGUCAUGUGUCGGCGAGUGAUGGCCGCCCUGGGGAGGACGUACUACUUCUGCAUGGGCUUCAGAGUGGUGAUCAAGGGCAGGCAGGUGGACAGCAGUGAGGCCCCCAUCCUGGCUGUGGCCCCCCACUCCACCUUUUUCGAUGGGAUUGUGUGCAUCGUUGCAGGCCUGCCCUCCACCGUCUCACGUGUGGAGAACCUGGCUACACCCAUCUUUGGCAGGUUUGUGCGCUGUCUUCAGCCAGUGCUGGUGUCCAGGAAGGACCCGGACUCCAGGAAGAAUACAAUCCAGGAGAUCGACAGCAGAGCCAAGUCAUUAGGACACUGGCCACAGGUUCUGAUAUUUCCAGAAGGAACAUGUACAAAUCGCUCGUGUCUCAUCACUUUCAAACAAGGUGCCUUUAUCCCUGGGGUCCCUGUGCAGCCUGUGGUUAUGAGAUAUCCCAACCAACUGGACACAGUGUCUUGGACUUGGCAGGGUUUCAGCUCGAGGACGCUGCUGCUGCUAACUCUGAGCCAGCUGUACACUACAGUAGAGAUAGAGUUCCUGCCGACACAUAUCCCCACAGAAGAGGAAAAGAAAUGCCCUCCUCUGUUUGCUAGCAGAGUGCGAGACAAAAUGGCCCAGGCUCUGGGAGUUCCUGUGACAGACCACACGUAUGAAGACUGCCGCCUGAUGAUCUCAGCUGGUGAGCUAACGCUGCCCAUGGAGGCCGGCCUGGUUGAGUUCACCAAAAUUAGCCGUAAACUCAACCUGAAGUGGGAUAAUGUGAAGAAGGAGCUGGAGGGCUUUGCAUCCAUGGCCAGCUCUUGUAAAGGAGGACGGAUCAACAUUAAUGAGUUUGCCUCUUUCCUGAAGCUACCUGUCAGCCCAGCCCUGGAAGAGCUGUUCACACUGUUUGACAGGAACGGAGAUGGCACCAUAGACUUCAGAGAGUACGUCAUCGGCGUCACCAUCCUGUGUCGACCAGCUAACACCGAAGAUGUACUUCACAUGGCUUUUAAGCUGUUCGAUACGGACGAGGAUGAGAAAAUCACCCGGGAGGAGUUCACUGCUCUGCUGCGCUCGGCUCUGGGUGUGUCCAACAUAAACAUGGCCAAACUCUUCAAGGAGAUUGAUGCUGACGGCUCUGGUUUCAUCACCUUCAAUGAAUUUCAAAGCUUUGCCAUGAGCCACCCGGAGUACGCCAAGCUCUUCACCACCUACCUGGAGCUUCAGAGAUAUCAAGCCAUCCAGGAGGCGAAUCCAGGAGAUCUGGAGUUGACCGGUCAGAUUUCAGAUAAACAGGAAGAGAGCGUCUCUGACAAAAAAGAUGACUGAGUCUGAGAAUGACCUUGAACUCCCCUUGACUGCACUGAGAGACAAACCACUGUAUCCACUGCACUGAGAAAAAAAAAACCACAAGCAAAAUCUGCCCUCUGACUUUUAGCACACUCAUGUCAUUCGCCACUGCAGAGCCAUAUUAUGUAAUAGGUCAUGUGCUUGCCUUUUUAUAGAUGGUUUUUAGAGUGCUUCUAUUUUCAAUUUUAGUGCCUUAUAGAGAUUUCAAAGAAUCACUUCCCCAAGUCACUGCACAAAACUGUGGUAUUGCAGACUUAUCAUCCUUAAAGUGUGUGUGUGUGUGUGUGUGUGUGUGUGUGUGUGUGUGUGUGUGUGUGUGUGUGUGUGUGUGUGUGUGUGUGUGUGUGUGUGUGUGUGUGUGUGUGUGUGUGUGUGUGUGUGUGUGUGUGUGUGUGUGUGUGUGUGUGUGUGUGUGUGUGUUUAUCUGUAUAUCAGGAAAAAAAACGAAUGAAAAUCUAGUUUAAAAAAAGUCCAUGUGGGCACGCAUCAGUGUUUGAACUUUUUAAACCCUGCAAUCUUCUAAUGUUAUUGAAAGUGUUUUAUGAUAUAUUUAACCGUCUCACCAUGUUUUUGACUUGGAUACACCGUUCUUUGUAGCCUGGACUUACCGUUGCUUGGACAUAGAUGAGUAUAGCUCUGUGUACCUUUUCCUUUGUCUUUGUGAUCCUCUGUAAAUGAGUAAAAAAUAUUGCCAAACCAACACCUUUUUAAAUAUAAGCAAAGAGUCUUUGUUCCUCUGUGUUGCAGUAUAAUUAAUGUACAGUAAGCUUUAUUAAGAUCUUAGCAAUCUGGCAGCCCGCAGAUGUUCCGUAUUAAAACUAUGUCUAGGAAGAGCAUACAUGCUGUGCAUUACACUUUUUUCCAGUGCUCAGGGACACAGACCUUGUAAGACGGCUGUAUAAUUAGCCAGAGGUUUGCUUUGCAUGUGUAUCUAUUUGCAUUUCUACUGAAGACUUUUGUUGCUGAGACAGCAGCGCAAGUCUACGCAGCUUUAAGUGUACUAAAGCAAAUCAACCACUGAAAAUAGGGCAAUUUGUGAGCAAAAAGGAAACAGUGCUUCUCCACAACAGCAUAUCCCAGCGGGGAGUGCUUUCAGAUUAACUAGCUGCUCUGUUAUUUAUUUAGCAAGGUGCGUUGCAAUUAUGUGAUUUAUUUUUUGUUAACACUGCAAAGUUUGCUUUUUAAAUAAAACAAGAAUGCGAUUUUAAUUUUGCUUGUGUUUCUAUGUUAACAACAGAGGGAACUUGUAAUGACUUCUGAAGACUUUGAUUAUAAUGAGGCUGUUUACAAUUAAGGGCCAACAUCUGUACCUUCAGUUCCCUAACCCACCACCAGGUGCCAGUAGAGACCUGCAACAACGAGAAUGACGUAGUUCUGCUUGUGAGCGCCUCUUUGAGUCUUAACCCUUUGUCCUUUUGGCCUCUUCUUUAAAUUAAUGGUAGGGCUCAAAUACAAAGGAAGUUCGAAUAAGAUGUACAGUAUAAUGCACCAUUUACUGGUAAGGGUUCAAGAUUGUGUGCGUGGAAAUGUUACAUUUAAUCAUGAAAAACAUCACCUGUAUUAUUUCUGGGAAAAAAAAUCAUCUUGAACGUUGAAUUUCAAGAAAUAUGUUUAAAAUAAAGGGUUUACUUCAUAAACACCUCAGCAAUAUCUUUAAUAAAUACAUAUACCAGGACUUUUGUGCUAUAAAUGCUAUUUUCUUUUCAUUAUAGGUUAGGAAAUCAUGAAAAGGUGAAGUAUGUGUGUGCUAAUGUAACAUUUUAUCUUUAAAGAAAUACCAUCAAAUGGCUAUAAUGAGUGAUAUUUGAAAAACAAUGUACAUUACUGUGAUGUGUUGGUUAAGAUUAUGCAAGUUUAACUCUGUGUCAUGUACUAAAAGUCAUGUCAUCACAAAUCACUAUUGUAAAUCACAUGUAAAUAAGUGUACAAAGAAUAAACAUUUUCAUCUGA